UUCUGAAGAAUCUGAACUAAAACACAUACAAUUGUGAGGCAAAGAAUGCUGCAGAAACAUUAGACCUCUCUCUCUCUCUCUCUCUCAUUUUUCGUCUGCAGCUCGGAAAAGCUGUGUGUGUCUCAGAAACUCUCUGAUUUUCUCUGAACUCACUUUUUCGAAGCAAGAGAUUUUUUCUUCUUUCGGUAUUGUUUGGACGGCGUCUAUGUUUCUGUUAGAUUUCUGAGUGAAAUUAAAGCAGAACCGUUCAUAUAUUUCGAUUUCUUGGAAUGAUAUAUCGUUUAUAUUUUGGGUUUGAAUAAGCUUUUGUUUUGAAGUUCAUCUACAACAAUGUCUGAACCAGCGAACGUUCGUCUGGUUCGUUGCCCAAAGUGCGAAAACCUACUACCAGAGGUCACUGAUUACUCUGUUUAUCAGUGUGGUGCUUGUGGUGCUGUUCUUCGAGCGAAGAAUAAUACUGUUGAGGCAGAUUCAUUCUCAGAGAAGUCUGAUGAAGAAAGGAUAAGAGGGGUUUCAGAGAAAUUUUCUGAGAAAUCGGAGAAUUUUGUCUUAUUGGAUAAACGAAUGGUGAGGCGGGAGGUUUUCAGUGAUGGGUCUGAGAAUGAUUGUAAGUCGAAUGGUAGUUCUAGUAGAUCUGAGAAGAGGAAAGAUUCGGUGAUAAGAGCUGAUAAGUGGGGUGUUGAAAAUGAUCUGGAGAUCAAUAAGAAUAUUGAUGAAUUCGGUCAUGCAAAGAUGUCAAAAGAAUUUGAGAACUUGAGACUGCAACAGGGAAAUGCAACUGGGUCAGGAAGGCGAAUGUCAGAUUGGAGAUUUGGGGAGAGAGGUGAGAUGGAGGGGAUGAGGAGGACCGAAAGGUUUGAUGUAGAGGAUGUGAGAUAUUCAUCUUCAAAGUACCCUGAAGAGAGUCCUUCGAAUUACCAGUUACAGUUAGGGUCCAGUUAUGGUUACGAUGAGCCAGAGAAGAAUAGGAAUGACUCAAGUGGGUUUAAUAAGGUGGAGUAUUAUGAACAAGAUCGAGCAGAGCUUUUGAAGAGAAUUGAUGAGCUGAAGGAUCAAAUUAGUAGGUCUUGUAAUGUAGCCGACAAACCCCAAGAAAAGGUUCCUCCAGACAGGAGGAUAGUUCAUCAGGAUCCUUAUAGUGGUUCUGAGUACUGGAUUCCUGAUGUCUCUUUGGGGUUGAAAAGAGCUUCAAUGCAAUAUCCUGCAGCUGAUAAACAUGUUGCAAGACCUCCUUAUAUUAGUCCUUAUGCAGAACCAUCUCCUUUUUCAAGUAAGCAGGAAAUGCUUAUGCAUAAUUUUUACCCUCCAAUUCAUAGAUCAUAUCAAAGUCAAGGAUUUGGCGAUCCUUUUAGAUCCCAUAUGCCAAGGAGAGUACCCCUCCAAGCACCAGGUCCUUUCCAACAGCAGCCACCUCACCCAUACUAUUCCGGGCUCUAUAUGGACAAUGAUAUGGUCCAGAAGGAUCCAUAUGAAACAUACCCACCUGAUAUGAACCCUCAUCAUCCAUCUUGCUCCUGUUUCCAUUGCUACAACAAAUACCACCAAGUUCCUCCACCUGUUAGAACUACUGGCUUCUAUGACAAAAGGGUUUCAACUGUCCCGAACGACCCGAUGUUCUCUCAUCAUGAACACCUUGGUGCAUUUGGUCCACAACAUUGUAAUAGUAAAAUUUCCAAUCCUCCUCCAUUUAAUAAUCCUAAUCCACAAUUCCAUACAAGAUGGUCCAGUGAUGUUAAUUCUGAAGUGGGUGGAUUUGUUCAUCGCCGUCCUCCAAGGGUAGUGGCGGCCCCUGGUGUGCGGCAUUGCCGCCCCAUAGCUGGUGCUGCUCCAUUUGUGGCAUGUUGCAAUUGUUUUGAAUUGCUGGAAAUGCCUAAGAAAGUUUUGCUCAUGGGAAAAAUUCAAAAGGAGAUGAGAUGUGGGGCAUGCUCUACGGUCAUCCUUUAUGAAGUUACCAACAAGCGACUUCUUGUUUCUGUUGCUGGAGAAGCAAAGAAAACUUUCGCAGAGGUUGAUAAUAGCUCUAAUGUAGUGAAGAAAGAUGGUAAUUCACAUAACCAUGGCCAUCUAACUGGGGCUAGCAUGAACUUUUCAUCCGAGGAUUAUGAUAAUUCCGGUUGUGAUUAUCAGUCAAUGGAUAGAGAACUGGUUUCAUCAUCGACAGCUCAGGGUUUUAACUCAAACAAGUCUGCAGAAAUGAAGAGCCUUCUAGCUACACCUUCCUGUACUUCUGACGAUGAGGACGAUCCAGAGAGUUUGACUGCUGCAAGAAAAAAUGCCAUCUCUGCUGAGCUGCCAAUUAAAGUUGAUGCGUCACCACCAGCUGCUGGUUCACCCCUUCAAGAUCAUUUUGACUACUCUACUAAAUACCAUCGAUCUGGAAAGGGAAAUGUGAGUGGACGCUCUGAACAGGAGAAAGAGAUGCCAAAGAGGGUUGUUUCAUGGCAAAAUUCUAUGAAAGAUUCAUCACUCGCAACUGAGAUUGAUAUAUCAUCCAAUGAGUACUCCAAUACUGGGACAUCUCAAGAUUCAAGUGAAGUGAGUAGAGGAGAAGGUCAACUGAGAGCCAACAAAAGAGCUGAAUCAUUCUUUGGCGGCAUUAUCAAGAAGGGCUUCAGGGACUCUUCUAAAUCUAGUCAAACUGAUGAGGAGGACAGUACCAAUGUUACAGUGAAUGGGCAUCCUAUACCAGAGCGGUUGAUUAAGAAGGCUGAAAAGUUAGCUGGACAAAUCCAUCCUGGACAAUACUGGUAUGAUUCCCGAGCUGGAUUCUGGGGUGUUAUGGGUGGGCCUUGUCUUGGCAUUAUUCCUCCAUUUAUUGAAGAAUUUAAUUAUCCCAUGCCAGAAAAUUGUGCUGGUGGAACCACCGGUGUUUUUGUGAAUGGGAGAGAGCUUCACCCAAAAGAUUUGAAUUUGCUUGGAAGUAGAGGGCUCCCAACUGAUGGAGAUAGAUCUUACAUUGUUGAGAUAUCUGGGAGAGUCCUGGAUGAGGACUCUGGUGAAGAGCUUGAAAGUCUUGGCAAACUCGCUCCAACGGUUGAGAAGUUAAAGCAUGGAUUUGGCAUGAAACCAAGAACGGCUGCUUAAGCGACGCUUUUCUUGGGACAACGAGCUUCCAUCAUUGCUUCCGAGUUUUGAAAGAUCUUGAAGAUGUGUUCUGUCAAGGAAUUGAAGUGAACAGUUUACAUUGACUUGACAAAUUUAUGAAAAGGAAACCUGAAAAGUUCUUCUUGCACUGCUUUAGACGACAGACAAGAUGAUGUUCGAUUACUACUGGUGUGUCCACAAUGUCGUAUAGUUGCUUCAUUAUCUUCGAAGUGUUAUGUCUGAUGUUGCUGAUUUGUUGUCCAAAAGUGAUUUAAGCACUUUCGUAUGUAAAGCAUGUAAUUUUCCACUUAAUGAGAUUAAUGCCCUGCUCCUGCUGUAUACUUUCACAUUGACAAGGCUUGAUCAUGUUAUUUCCAUUUCUUAGCUUCUCUAAGAUACAC